CAGUUGGGUUAAGUCCGUCUGUUAUUGUUCGGUAUUAUUUAUGUUGAUUAUAAAUGUAUAAUUUUAAACAAACUAUCUAUUGACGGAGUAUUAACUCGAAGAAUUUUCAAUUUCUAUUUUACAAGAAUUAUUCGUAAUAUAUUCCAUAAGAGAAUCAUGGAUAAAAUAAUAAAGUUAAACGAACAGACAGCAGGCAGAGACAGACUUAUAAGGUUACUUCAAUAUGGAAGUCGUGCUUAUUGGUACUAUGCUCAAAAUGUCCGUACUACACAACAUUCUGCAGAAAUUUUAAGAAGUUUGGAGUAUACCUUUAGUUCAUUUAGAAAAUUAUUACGCCUAGGGCGAUGUUUGGAUAGUUUAUAUGCAGCCGUAAAAAUGAUGAAGUAUCCAGAUGGCGCUAUCAGGGUCCUUUUGACAGCAUCAAAAAUUGCUAAUGCUUUAUUUCUAUUAACAGACCAUAUAAUUUGGAUUGGUCGUGUGGGAUUGCACAAAGUGAACAUAGAGAAGUGGAGCAAAACGGCUAAUAAGUAUUGGUUAAUAAAUAUUAUUAUAAAUCUUAUAAGAGACGUUUAUGAGAUUAUUAAAAUUUUGGAGAACGAAGGAAAGAAUGCAUUAUUGAAAACAUCAAAUGUUUCGUUUAAUGCGUGGAAACAAUAUAAAGUGUUACUUCAAUUGAAAAACCAUAAAGAAGUUGUAAUGGAUACAAUUAAAAACGGAUGUGAUUUGUUUAUUCCAUUGACAGCAUUGGGGUUCACAAAAUUUACUCCUGGAACUAUAGGUAUAUUUGGUAUUAUAUCUUCACUCGUAGGUCUUUAUACAAUAAUUCAUCCAUUGUAUAAGUUAACACCAUGUUAAGACUAAAUUGUACAUUGUAUUACAUUUUUACACACAUGAUAUGCAUA